AUGGGCAAGUCGUCCAAAGACAAGCGCGAUGCCUAUUAUCGCCUAGCGAAAGAGCAAAAUUGGCGCGCCCGCUCCGCCUUCAAGCUAAUUCAAAUUGACGAGCAAUUCGACCUUUUCGAAUACGAGAACCCGGACCGUGUAACGAGAGUCGUGGAUCUUUGCGCUGCACCGGGCAGCUGGAGUCAGGUCCUCAGUCGCGUUUUGAUCAAGGGCGAGAGCUUCGGACGACGGGCGUGGAUCGACAAGAAACGGAGAGAGAAAGAGGUAUUGGACAAUGCCAACAAUACGACCACUGGCAGUGACAAUGAAUCCGAAAUUCCCUUUGGAGAGAGCGACCCAAGCUCCGAAUUGAAACCUCGGAAGAAUGUCAAAAUUGUCUCAAUCGAUCUCCAACCUAUGGCCUCGCUCGAGGGUAUUACCACUCUCAAAGCCGAUAUCACCCACCCUUCUACAAUUCCUCUCCUCCUGCGUGCGCUAGACCCCGAAGCCUACGAAUCCUCUACACCCUCCACCGACUCUCCAUCACAAACUCCAGUAGCGAUUAAGCAACCUCACCCAGUUGACUUGGUCAUCUCCGAUGGUGCGCCAGACGUGACAGGUCUGCACGACCUUGAUAUCUAUAUCCAAUCACAAUUGCUAUACGCUGCGCUGAACCUUGCUAUGGGAGUACUGCGGCCAGGCGGCAAAUUUGUCGCUAAGAUUUUUCGAGGUCGGGAUGUCGACCUUCUCUAUGCGCAAUUGCGCACUGUCUUUGAGCGAGUGAGUGUUGCCAAACCACGAAGCAGUCGUGCUAGCAGUCUAGAGGCGUUCGUGGUGUGUGAGGGAUUCAUCCCCCCUGUUAACGAGGAUGGACUGGCUGGUAUGGCAGCGUUGAAGAACCCUCUGUUUGGCGGGGCUGCAGCGCCGAAGCCCAUCUCUGAAGAUGGUAACCUGGCUGUGGAAGUGCGCGAGCAGCUGGACGAAGACACCAAUGCUCGUCCACUUUUGGUACAACCGUCCUCCACCGAGAACGUACUCACACCUGGUCACUCAGUUGAGGUGCGCCAUCUGCAAACGUCCACAUCAGAGGAUCAAGUUCCCUCGCAGAAGCUCCAGAGCAAAUUUGCAGUAGAGCAUCGGUGGAUCCCAUCUUUCAUUGCUUGUGGUGAUCUCUCGGCUUGGGACUCGGAUGCGACUUAUGCUCUUCCUCCUGACUACGUUGCGCUAAACCCGGUGCAGCCUCCCACAGCUCCUCCUUAUCGGAAGGCUUUGGAAUUGAGAAAACAGAUGGGUGGGGCCUAUGGAAAGACCAAGGUCAGGAUAGCUGGGCAAUCAUAA